GAGUGAAAUUUAGCCCCUAUCGCUCGUGAUAAAAGGGCGAUAAAGUAUGAGUGCGGCCGCCUGCACUCCACUUCACCUGAACCUGAACCAGCCUGAUAUGUGCCGCCACCGGCCUUCGUCUGGGUUACAACAUCACUCACUAAUCUCGCCUUCGAGGGGAAAUGCUCAUUCUUUCAUACACCCAGUCUCUCCAUGCUUUCUAUUAUUCUUCUGCUCGCGGUAUAUAAUUAUCAAUUCCAUAUUUAAUCAACAUUUUCGUGCGUCUUUGAAUCAAUGUCCAAUUCACCAGGCACUUGGAACUGGGAUUCUCCAGGCCGGCAACCAGCAGAUCCCAGUACCUUCGAUUCGCCGCGCAACAACAACAACCACCUCCCUCAAAGUCCAUAUCCAGGCGUCCCAUGGUUCGAAGACGACAACGACUUAGAUUGGGCUGUGAAUGCUGCCGAUUUUGAGGACUUUGAUGAUGGGAAUUUGACACUGGCGCCAAUAAAUCCGGAGAACACAUUCGGCGAACUUCCACCUCUUGCGCCAGGAUUGCUGGAUGCACCUUCUCGCUCUCGUCUUUCAACUUCCUCUUCAGACCCUUUCAUAUCCGAAACUUCGCUGGACGCACGAAACCUACGACCUCCGCCUUCGAAUCGAGAAGCUCGAGCCCGACGAGAACCGCCCCGAGCCUCAUCAGUAUUUGAGCACUUCCUCGUGGACGACUCCCCAGACCCUUUCGGAGAAUUCUCAAACCUCACGCCUUCGCCACCUACACCUAACAUGGCGCCCUCUAAUCACACACGAUCUUCCUCCUUUGUUGAUCUGACCGCAUCCUCUCCUCCUCAACCUCGUCCCGCACCCACUCCGAGCAGAAAACGAAAGGCAGAGACACCGGGCGAGGGGCGACCAGGCAAAUCAGGCAGAACCACGGUUGCUACUGAUGAUGUUGAAUGUGUGGACUUGAUCGACGUGGAGGGUCAAAAAGCAUAUGAGGAGCUAAAAGCUCGAGAGCAAGCAGAGGCCAUCAAGGCGCAAUACCAGGCGGAAGCUACGAAGCCGAUGAAGCUGGCGGAAUUCAAGUGUAUUAUCUGCAUGGACGACCCCACAGACUUGACGGUCACACAUUGUGGUCAUCUCUUCUGCUCCGAAUGCCUCCACCAAGCCCUUCACGCCGGCGAGCGAAAGUGCUGCCCCGUUUGCAGAACAGCGAUCGUCAUCCCCAGAACUGGACAGAAGCCAUCAGCAAAGGGCUACUUCCCACUAUCUAUGAAGCUAACGACGGCGAAGAAGCAGGGAAAGCGUCCAAUUCGGGCCUGAAUAUACCUCUGUUUGAUACAACAUUUGGCGUUUGGGCAUAUGCACAGGAUGGGAGGGCUUUUCAUUGACAUUUGUCAAGCAUUACCGGUAGCAUGGAGCAUGGGCAUACUGGACGGACAUGCAUGGGAUACCUUAUAGACAGACAUGUGGAGUUCGGGCGUUCUCGAACUGUCAAAUAGUUGCUUUGGCAGUGCAAUAAAUGCAGUGC